GAUUGGGAGAAUCCGUGGGGGGUCGAUGCACUCAGUGUCGCAGAUAGAUGUUGGUAUCUUUGCGGGUCUACGUGUUCAAACAUCUUCCCAAGACGUUCCGGGGUGUGCGAAAUGCACCUACGGAAUAAUAUGGAUGGCUUUUGGAGGUCAAUGCAUAGCACAUACGAGCUUGACAUGCGGGUAUCACAUCAAUGCUUGAAGGUAAUUUGAUGCCUCGACCUCCAGCUGUAGUAUCCAAUGACAACUAUCUACGGCUUUACAGAUUACCGGUCGCAAGGUCAAUCACUCAUCUGUGUCAUAGUUGACAUUGCAAAGCCACCUACAGGCAAGAUGAACCUUUUCAGCUUUUAUGUUGUGCUGUCAAGAAGAUCUGGGCGCGAGACUAUACGGCUUCCGAGAGGUUUUGACGAUGAAAUGUUCAGAAAAGGGCAUGAUCCAGAGUUUCCGGCAGAGGACGACCUACUGGAGGGUUGAGCAGAAAGACAAAGAAAUAGUGGCAGCAGAUAAGAGGAAAGAAAUUGAAUUGAGGUCGUGAAAUGCGAUAUGGUACACCCGAGUUCUAGUUUACUGAAAUUAACACUGUGUAAGAAAUUUAGCCAAAAUAACAGAGUAGUUUAAAACGC